CGGUGAGGUAAGGUGCACACGCUCCACCUGUCGUAGUUAUUACACACGCACACAAACACCUACAGGGAGCAGCAAUAUUUCAACGACGGCCGCCACGUGAAAGCUGGAAAUAGUAGUGGGAAAACGUGCAGUGAAAUUGGUUGCUUGCGUGGAAGUACUUUAAUGGUAGAACAGUGAAUUUGGUGAUAUUUAUUAAUGUUAAAGAUGUAGUGAACUUGGUGGGUAUGUAUUAGAGCUAAAGAUGUAGUCAGUUUAAUUAAUGUAAAGAACUUGGCGCCAAAUGCCUGAGUGAACUUAGAAAUUAUUUAUAUUCAUUCAAAAGCUGUAAUGAACUUAAUAAUGUUGGCGCUAAGGACACCGUGAACUCAAUAAUAUUGGCGCUAAGAACACAAUGAACUUAAUGACAUUGGCGCUAAGAACACAGUGAACUUAAUGACAUUGGCGCUAAGAACACAGUGAACUUAAUAACAUUGGCGCUAAGGACACAUUGAACUCAAUAAUAUUGGCGCUAAGGACACAUUGAAUUCACUAAUAUUGGCGCUAAGGCCACUGAACUUGAUAAUAUCGGCCCCGAAGAAACCUUGAACUUGAUAAUAUUUGAAUUAGAACAGACAAAAAUAAUUAUUGAUUAUAUAAGAAAAAAUCUCUUCAUUCAAAUACUAAACAAAUUACGGAGAUGAAUUUUAAUAGCAUCAAGAUAUAAAAAAAUAAGAAAACUUUCGAAAAUUUGUCAUUUACUUCCGGUUGACUAAAGAAAAUGAUUCCCGAGAAUUUGACAUAAACAGCAUUAGUGAGGAGUGAGCCACUUAAGAAAUGCUUUCAUAGAGCUACCUGAUACACCUACAGAUAGAGAAGAGAAUGGGUGAGAGAGAUGAGGGUGUGACAUAUACACAUUAAGAUAUCAAGAGAGUGUGUCCGUUGGUGACGCUGACUGACAAACACACACAGUAAGAGCUGAAAUAACCAUGAAGAGACACGAACCUCCAGUGUCGCCUUCAUCGUCCUCGUCCUCGUCGUCGUCGUCGUCGCCCUCCAGGUCCUCGUCCUCGACCCUGACAAUGAUGGUCAGGUGGGGGAGUUCCCGCAGACACCCACUCCCCCCAAGUGACUCUCAAGACCUCGAGGAUGAUGUCACUCUUACUGAGGGUGGAGGAGGAGGUGGUCAAGACGAUGACUCUUUGCCAAGGUCGCCAGCAUCAACUAGAACUGACCGACGUUUCAUAAGGACUCAAGCAUACGACCUAGAGACCCCUGAAGACUUUCCCCAGCCCAGACUGCCGCGGGUCGAGCUGCGGCGACCAUCCUGCGGCAGUGGCAGCAGCGGGAACGGCGGCAGAAAGAACAGGAGGGAGCAGCUGAGUCUACAGAUAGAAUGCCCUCUCCAUAGACCUGAUAAUAACAAGACGCCAUCAUACAUCAAGAAGAAACAACAGCAGAAGAAAGAGGCUAAUAACAAUCCUCCUCCUUGCUUCAGAUUUAGUAUCACAAAGUCCCCAGACGAUCCUGUGGAGAUUCCUGAGGAGUCUACCAGGCCGCCAGGAGGCUCUCAAAGGCCCAAAUACGAGGUUCUGCCAUAUGACCCUCAUCCUAAGUUGUUUAGGGAAGGGUCCUUCAGCCUUAGGAAGGACUACCUCACAGCCUACGACGCUUACAGGACCCGGAGGUCUUCCUUUGGAUGUGAAUACACCAAGGAUUCCACCUACAGCUGGGAGGAUCAGGGCCCUGCUACUCCUGAUGGAGUCAUGGACAACGCCUGCAUGGGGGGAUCCCUCGGCAACCUACUGGCCCUGAUGGAAAGGCAUAUCGCUGCUCAGAACCUCGCCAACAAUAAUAGCAACAAUAACAGCGCUAACAAUAGCAGUAAUAACAGUCCUACCAGCAUUCACUACCUGUUACCCAAUAACAAUACGUACAACCCCCGUGACGGCUCCAGUCAUCACCAGCACUUCCUUAGUCCGCCUGGUGACCCCAUCUGGUCAGGGCACCAAGAGCCUCCCUCACGCCGCCAGACUCGCCCGCUCACACACCAGCCUCCUCCACCCAGAGAACAUCUCCCUGGGUCGGUCGUCACGCUCCCAAGGGGACCUCAUGAACGUGGGGAGAACCUCCAAUUCCACCAAAAGCCGCAAGUGGACCACCUUACGGGGUCUGGCGGCCAUAGAGUUAUUCCUGAAUCCUCAUUAGAACAUCUUUUUUUCAUCACGGAUGAGAGACUGUCCCCCACACUCGACCAGGAUGAGACGUCCCCCAUACUCGGCCAGGAUGAAGAUCGUCUCCUCAUACUCGACCAGGAUGAGAGACUGUCCUCACACUCGACCAGGAUGAGAGACCGUCCCCUCAUACUCGGCCAGGAUGAAGAUCCCUCCCAUACUCAGGAUGACCAGGAUGAGAGAGCAUCCCUCAUACUCGACAGAUGA